AUGCCUGAGAGGAAUAUAGUCUCAUGGAAUGUAAUGUUAAAUGGGUACGCGAAAGCAGGUUUCAUUGAUUUGGCUAAAGAGGUGUUUGAGGAGAUCCCAUCUAAAGAUGUGGUUUCAUGGAGUACUAUAAUUGAUGGUUAUGUUAGAGUAGAAAAGUUAAAUGAAGCUUUCAUGAUGUAUCGGUCCGUGGUAUCCAUUGGGUUGGUACCUAAUGAUGUUACGAUGGUCGAUUUGAUUUCUGCAUGGGUUGAUUUCGAUCCUAAAAUUGCUAACAAAUUGAAGAAUUUCGAUGGAUUAUUUUGCAGGAUAAACUCUUCUGAUACACACUCUGAGGAAUGGUUUCAAAUACAAGCAGUACUUCGCGUGAGCUUAGGGAAUUUCUUGUUCUUUGCAAUAUUUGCUCUAAUUAUGAUUGGCGUGAAAGACCAAAAUGAUAAGCGUGACUCGUGGCAUCAUGGUGGAUGGAUUGCAAAGAUGAACUUACUUGCAGGAAUUGCAUCAAAAUUUGGAGCAGGCCUAUUUUUGUUGGUUCAAGUGAUUAUAUUGCUAGACUUUACGCACUCGUGGAAUGAUGCAUGGGUUGAGAAAGAUGAACAGAAAUGGUAUAUUGCGUUACUUGCUGUGUCAAUCGUGUGCUAUCUUGCAGCAUUCACAUUCUCUGGCAUUUUAUUUUUGUGGUUCAACCCGUCUGGCCACGACUGUGGCCUCAAUAUCUUCUUCAUUGUCAUGACCAUGAUUCUGGCAUUUGUAUUUGCUAUAAUAGCAUUACAUCCUACGGUUAAUGGAAGCCUAUUGCCUGCUUCAGUGAUAUCAGUGUAUUGUGCUUAUGUUUGCUAUACCGGUCUCUCUAGUGAACCACUCGAUUAUGCAUGCAAUGGUCUCCACAAAAGUACAAAAGCAGUCUCUACAAGCACACUUGUGCUUGGGAUGCUUACAACAGUUCUCUCAGUCCUAUACUCUGCUGUUCGUGCUGGGUCUUCAACGACAUUUCUGUCACCACCGUCUUCACCUAAGUCAUCUGAUGCAAAGAAACCUCUUCUUGAAGAACAGUUGGAAGAAGGAAAAGAGAAGAAGGAAAAAGAGGCAAAGCCUGUGAGUUAUUCAUAUACAUUCUUCCACCUGAUAUUUGCCUUGGCCAGCAUGUAUUCUGCAAUGCUUCUUUCAGGCUGGACCAACUCAUCAGAAAACUCCGACCUGAUAGACGUUGGCUGGAUAUCAGUGUGGGUUCGGAUCUGCACCGAAUGGGUCACUGCUGGGCUCUAUGUAUGGACCCUUGUAGCUCCAGUCAUUUUGCCUGACCGGGAGUUCUUUUAGGCAUCCUUUUACAUAUUGUAUGGAAAUACCUACAUAACUGUUUGUUAAUACACGAGUUGUUGAAUACCUGUGAUCUCUUAGGUUGGCUGGGGUUAGGGACUUGGAUAAAAAUCUUAUUAUUAUGUAAGAAUUGAAGUGUAAUGCUCUCCUCUUCUCUUGUAAAAAAUGAAAUAAAAUAAAUAAUAAUAAUAAUAAAAACAAGAA